GAUGUGAAGGAAUCUAUGGGUGGGGCUCAGGUCCCAGAGAGCCUGCCAAUGCCCAGUCCUCCCAGAAGCCUGGACAAUCCCUUAAUCAGGACCCCUGACCUGGGAGAGGCCUCCAGAGAGGUGGCAGAGUAGAUUUCUAUUCCACCUGAUGGCUCCCAUGGGAUGGGGAAAAGCUGGGGGUCGGGGGAGGGGGCACCACAACUCACUAAGAUUCUUGGCCAGGCCCCCAGCUGGCAUGCACUGAGGGUGCUCCCCAGCGUUCCCUAGGAAGGCAUCUGGCCCCAGUACUCAAUGCCAUUCAAAGUUCAAGAACUUUUUCUUGCUGUAGGGAAAAAAUUGUCCUGUUUCUAACUAGUCGCUAACACUUCCUGCAAGGCUGGUCACCAAGCUGACCUCGGUUUCCUCAUCUGUCUAAUGGAAGAAUGGAUUAGGUGGUUGCUAAAGUCUCUUCAGUUUCUCAUCCUAGGGGUGCCAGACACCAAUGCCUUUGUCAGGCUUGGCAUUAAUUAAGAAUCAAAUCAUUGGCUGUGGCUUUCCUGCCACAUAAAUUCCCCAUCAUGAGGGGGUGACGGAGUCACAAUCCCAAGGCCCCUGGAGCACCCCAGUCCCACCCCGCUCCAAGCCUCUCUCCUGGAAUCGGAGAGGCCAUCCAGGCCAGUGGGCAAUCGCAGCAGGUCAUCUGCAGCACCCAGGGGGCUUUUCAAAACGCAGUUUCAGAAUCACAGUUGCCUGGGUGGGAUUGGGUGGUGACGCUGAGAACCAGAACCAGGUCUAUCAGAUGGCUGUGGCACUCAGCCUGGGGGCAAAGCCAUCUCAGACGAAGACAUAGCUCUUUUCCUUUUAAACCAAAUUUGUAGAGAAUCAUUCCACACCCUUUGUGAGGUCUUUCUUGCAUAACCUAAAUCUUUUUGCUACAGAGGGUCAGCUUCUGCGUGAGAAGGAAGCUCGCCCUGAGCCCUGGGGUCCUCUGCUCCCCACUGAAAACGAAGAUGGUCUGGAAACCCAGGAGAAGCUCAGUGAAGCAGUGCCUCUCGUCUCCCACCUACCAGGGCAGCCUCUGGGAGUGAGAGAUCAAGCUCUGCAGAGCUCAUGCCUGGUCAGGAAGGGCUCUGGGGCCACCAGGCACAGAGAUGAGCAGAAGUCCAUCUGUCUGGCAGUCACAAUCUUUCCUGGCAUUUUACAUGUUCAGGCCACUGGCAUGCUAGUUUCCGUUUUUAGAGAAAAACUGCAGGGAAGAAUCCUGCCCAGUCCAGAAAUCACCCAUAUACCUGGAACGUUGGCUCCAACUCCUCUAUACCUUGGUUUCCCUGUUUGUAAAAUGAGAGUUUCCCUCAAUAAAGCCUUGUACAUUAUAAAAAUUUAUUCAAGAAAAAAAAAAGCAUAUGCAUGCUCUGUGAUUCAGCCCAGUCCCGUGCAUCAACUACUAACUGAGCACCGACAGAGUGCCUGGCACGGGGCUCCACCACCCUCUCAGCCAUCAGGGAUUUCAAAACUGGGCACCACACCAGACAGAGCAUGGCCAUUGCUCCAGCCGAGGCACAAAUGAGGAAGAGAUUCUGAUAGGGAGGUCAGGGAAGGCCGACUAGAGGUGGAGGCAAAAACAGGUGCGCAGGGUGGCCCUCUUUUCAGCCUCCUGCAGCUGGGGGAGGCACACCCCGGCACUGUCAGGGCUGCCCAUGCCCCACCCUGCCCUCUGCCCAGCAGGCUCCCACCCUAGGCUCUCAAGCAAGCCACAGGGACUUGCAUCCCCCAGAAAGCAAUGCCACUCGGCCUCUUACCCCAUCCCCACACUUACCCAAUCUUAAGCCACUUACCCCAUCCCCCCGUGAGGAACGGAAGGAAGAGGCUGUGUUCUGUGGAGCUUGGACAUCUGCACAUAAAGGGGCCGGCGCAGCUCUGGACAGUGGCCUCGGAGUUCAGCCUCAUCUCCCCCAGGGAAACAGCUGCUUGGGAGACUCCCGGGGCCCCCAAGACACUCAUCUUUUCCUAGAUGCUAGACUUGCGGGGAGCAGAUGGACCCUCUGGCGAUGAGCAGGGCUUCUAGAGCUAAUUCGCUCUCUGUGUUUCUCACACACACGCACGCGCACGCACGCACACACACACACACACAUACACACACACACACACACACACACACACACACACCCUGGCUGAUUUUACAGUCAAUCUUUCAAAGUGCAAUUUGUCUAGGAAAAGCCAAUGUGAGGCCCGUGUGUUCCCCGACCAAUGGUGGCGCGGCUCCGGCGGCUCAGCCAGUCUCGGGCCUGUAUUCUAAUGGGCCGUAUCUUUAUCUGGGAAAUGUUCCUUCUCUGAACUUAAAACUUCUCAUGUAGGGUCCCCAGACUCAGAGGCAGAAAGGGGGUCUGAGCUGAGGCGUAGGGGGCCACCCAGUCCAGCCAGGGCAAGGAGAGAGGCCAGGAGCCCCGGGGAGGCCUCUCACCUGCCCCGAGCACCUGACUUCCGAGCAGCUGACCGGGUGCCGGUGCCUGGGCCAGGGCCUGGCCGAGGCCUUAGGUGGGAGGCAGUCAGGGGCUCAGAGUUGGUCCUGACCCUCCAGGCCUGCCAUGAGAUUUGGGGCUAGAGUGUGGGCUCUUGGGUUUUAGGGGCCUGGAGAAGCCUUCCCCGUCCUGACUGGGACAUCAUGGAGUCCAACCUGCAGGGGACCUUCCUGCUGAACAACACGCCGCUGGCUCAGUUUCCGGAGAUGAAGGCCCCUGUGUGCCAGUACUCAGUGCAGAACUCCUUCUACAAGCUCAGCCCCCCGGGGCUGGGCCCCCAGCUGGCCGCGGGGACCCCCCACGGGAUCACGGACAUCCUGAGCAGGCCCGUGGCUGCACCGAACAGCAGCCUCCUCUCCGGCUACUCCCACGUGGCAGGCUUCGGGGGGCUCACCUCGCAGGGGGUCUACUACAGCCCCCAGGUAGGAAAUUUCUCCAAGGCUGGAAACGAGUACCCCACCCGGACCCGGAACUGCUGGGCGGACACCGGCCAGGACUGGCGAGGCAGUCGGCAGUGCAGCAACACCCCAGAUCCCCUAAGUGACAGCAUACACAAGAAGAAGCACACCCGGCCCACCUUCACGGGGCACCAGAUCUUUGCCCUGGAGAAAACCUUUGAGCAGACCAAGUACUUGGCUGGCCCUGAGAGGGCGCGGCUGGCAUACUCCCUGGGCAUGACUGAAUCGCAGGUCAAGGUGUGGUUCCAGAACCGCAGGACCAAGUGGCGGAAGAAGAGCGCCCUGGAACCCUCGUCCUCCACGCCCCGGGCCCCGGGCGGCGCGGGCACGGGCGCAGGCGGGGACCGCGCACCCUCGGAGAACGAGGACGACGAGUACAACAAGCCGCUGGACCCUGACUCGGACGACGAGAAGAUCCGCCUGCUGCUGCGCAAGCACCGCGCCGCCUUCUCGGUGCUCAGCCUGGGAGCGCACAGCGUCUGACGCCCGCCGUCCAGGCCCGGGAUCCCGGCUGCAGCCCGCGGGGGAACGCCGAGGAGCCUACCUUCCCCUCCCCUUUCCCACGUUGCUGGGGGCGCAGGGACUGAGUCUUCUGAUGAGAGGCGCGUGGAGGAGGUGGAGGAGGAGUGGCAGG